AUGAGCUCUUCUCAGGCCACACCGUUGGCCCUGCAGGCUGAUUCCGAACGGCCAGAUUUUAUGAACCCCGCCGUGUUUCGCAGAAAUAACCUCCCCGCACGUUCCUAUCACAUCCCAUCUACAUCUCUUCUUCUCAAUGGAACCUGGGAGUUCAAUAUGUCCCGAUCACCACCGGAGGCGCCGGAGCCCACUGAGAAAAUCUCCGACAAGGACUGGUCCAGCAUCAGUGUUCCAGGUCACUGGCAGUUGCAGGGUUGGGGGAAACCGAAUUAUACCAACACGCAAUUCCCGAUCCCGGUGUGCCCUCCUUUUGUACCCACAGAGAACCCAACUGGUACAUACCGUCGAAAAUUUCAAGUGCCGGCCGAAUGGAAAUCCGAAAACACUGAAAUUCGUUUGCGAUUCGAUGGCGUUGAUAGCGCGUACCAUGUUUGGGUGAACAAGUCCUUGAUCGGGUAUGCGCAGGGCAGCAGAAACCCGUCUGAAUUCGAUGUCACACCAUUCUUGCUCGACGGUGAUAAUGAAGUCUUUGUGCGGGUAUAUCAGUGGUCAGAUGCUACCUAUAUCGAAGAUCAAGAUCAGUGGUGGCUAUCUGGGAUUUUCCGAGAUGUCACUUUGAUUGCAUUACCAACCAAUGAUCGUUUGAACGAUUGGUUCAUUCGCACUGACCUCGAUUCAGAAUACAAAAAUGCGACCCUUCUCGCAACAAUCGAUUACCAAGUCUCGGAGCGAAGCAAUAUUGCUCUCAAUUUGAUUGAGUCAGUGGAGGGCAAAAGCCAUGUCAUUACUUCCACAGAAUGUACCGUGGAACCAGCAACAUCCGCAGUUGAGCUGAGAUUGCCUGUUGUCGACCCCAAGAAAUGGACUGCUGAGCGGCCGCAUCUGUAUGAAGUGGAGAUGGUCCUGACGUCUCUAGGAUCAAACAAUACUUUCAAGACGACACAGCGUAUUGGUUUCCGUAAAGCUGAGCGCAAAGACGGCUUCAUCACCGUGAACGGAAAGGCUAUUCAGCUUCGUGGAGUCAACCGACACGAUCACCACCCGCUUUUGGGUCGUGCCGUACCGCUCGACUUCAUGAGAAAGGAUUUGCUUCUCAUGAAAGCUCACAAUAUCAAUGCACUUCGCUGCAGCCAUUAUCCCCCCGACCCUCGGCUUCUGGACAUGGCCGAUGAGCUUGGCUUCUGGGUUAUCGAUGAAGCCGAUCUUGAAUGUCAUGGCUUCUAUGACGCUGUCUCACGGCCAAUGGACAUAGACGAAACUCUUGGCUACGAGGAGCGCAAGGCAAUGACCUUCCCCAAAUGUGGUGCUCAUACAUCAGACAACCCCGCCUGGAGGGCAGCCUACGUUGAUCGUGUUCAUUCAAUGAUCCAACGAGACAAGAAUCAUACCAGUAUUAUAAUCUGGUCUAUGGGGAAUGAGUCGUUCUUCGGCACAUGUCAUCACUCCAUGGUAGAGUAUGCCCGGACCUUCGACAACACUCGCUUGAUCCACUACGAGGGUGACAUGGAUGCGGAAACCACCGACAUGUAUAGUUACAUGUACCCAGAAAUCGACCGAUUGAAGUCCCUAGCAGCUACUGAGGGAGUUACGAACAAUGGCGAGUUUGACAAGCCUAUUAUUCUUUGUGAAUACGCCCAUGCCAUGGGCAACGGACCCGGUCUACUUACGGAUUACGAGAAAUGCUUUGAUGAGAUCCCGCGUUUGCAGGGCGGUUUUAUCUGGGAAUGGGCCAAUCAUGGGUUGUACAUUGAAGGAGAUACCGAGAAAGACGGGUUUUAUGCCUACGGUGGUGACUUCGAUGACUUUCCAAACGAUGGAACAUUCGUUAUGGAUGGUCUUUUAAACAGUGUCCAUCAGCCUUUGCCAGGUUUGUUGGAGCUAAAGAGAGUUUUCGAACCAGUCAAGUUGGAAGUGCGCGGACAAGUCUUGGCUUUGAAGAACCGGUACAAUUUCUUGGACCUAAGCCAUCUGCAGGCUUCAUACAAGCUUGAAUCAUUCAACAAGCAAACAAAGACCUUGGCAACUGGAUCGCUGGAGCUACCUGUUGUGGCCGCCGGGAGAUCUGCUGAGAUCUCACUUCCUUCAGAGCUCUUCCAAAGCAACGCCCAUCCGGCGUACUUGACCAUUACACUUGAACAAAGGGGAAAUGUUGAAUGGGACCAGGGGUCCUAUAUCGUUGCCUGGACACAGGAAUUGGUAUCAAAACCAACCGAGAACACCCCGGUCAGCAGCCUGAGCUCUACUCGUGGGGUUAUCUCGAUCAACUCCACCAAGACAACCGUGUCCGUCAGUGGAUCCAACUGGUCGUUUGAGUUUGAUAGCGUUCGGGGACAUCUCAUGAAGUGGAGAUACAACUCGAUGCCCAUCCUUGAGCCUCAUCCUGAUACUGGGCUUGCCAUGGUACCCGGUUUCUGGCGUCCACCGACGGACAACGACGUACCAUCCGCGAUGCCAUAUUGGAAGCGAUUCGGAGUGAACUGCCUCACAAAUCAGCUCCGUUCCUUCAGUACGUCAUCGAUGAAGGAUGGAGCAGUUUGCAUCGAAAGCGAGACAUUCAUCUCCCCUCCAGUCCUUUCCUGGGGAUGGAAAUGUCUUACGCGUUAUAUCAUUCAGCCCAACGGCUCGUUAUCCAUCAGCGUAAAGUUGCAACCCACUGGAGCGGCGCCGACAACCGUUCCUCGCGUUGGUCUCAAUCUUCGUGCAAACUCUGACCUGCAGUCGGCACGUUGGUUAGGACCCGGCCCUGGAGAAUCGUAUCCGGACAAGAAGAUAGCCCAGAAGUUUGGUUUGUGGAAUGUCGAUGAUAUCGCGUCCCUACAGACGAUUUAUGACAUCCCGCAGGAGAAUGGGAACCGGACAGACACUGCUUGGAUGGAACUUCUCGCUCCCAAUGGCACGGGCUUCCGUGCAAGCCCGCAGGAAAGUACUAUGGUGAAUGGAGGAGCGGCAAGCUUGAGCUGGACGGCGAGUCAAUACUCUGAUGAGACUAUUGAGGCAGCACGACACCCUUGUGAUCUGUCCAAAGAUGAUGCGGUAUUUGUGAGAUUGGAUAACCAAGUUGCAGGCGUAGGAACUGCCGCCUGUGGCCCGGGGCCUAUGGAUGAGCAUCUAGUUAAGGUGCAGGAUAUCACGUUUGUAUCCUGGCGCGGAAUGAAGAGAUUCAGGGCCGCCCGUGCGUGCGACUCAUGCCGCCAGCGCAAGACAAGAUGUGACGCGCGGGAUCCCUGUGGGCCCUGUGUGAGCUUGAAUCAAACAUGUCUAUAUGGAACAGAAGCUAUUUCAAGAGGAAAAAGUGACAUGAUCUUGGAUACGGUCUUGCGAAUGGAAGCUUCUAUUGAAGAACUCAAGGGCAUGGUUGCCACGGGUUCCAGUUCAAAUGCAAUGGGUGGUGUACAGGCCAACUCAACAUUUCCAAGUUCGACAAUGACCCCGAUGUCUCAGGAUGCACGCCAUCGUCCGGGUGGGUGCACCCGAGUCAGGGACCCCACUGAAAGUGCCAUCCUUUCAUCAGGACAUCUUUCCUCGGCUGAGUCUCUAUUGAAAUGGACAGUCUUUCAUGAUCAUCCUUCAAUAUUGGAGGAGGCAGAGCCUUCAUUUUUGUCGCUUGAAUAUGGACGACCGCCAUUUCAAAGCAAACUCUAUGGCAUAUUCCCCAGCGUGAGCUUGUCGGAUGUCAAAAAUAUGGUAGGUGUAUUCCAACGCACAUAUAACUUCUGGUUCCCUACAAUUAGCUUGGAUGAUCUCAAGGCCUUGCAAUUGAGGAUAUGGCAAGAAAAUCUGGAGCCCAGUUGUCAAUCGUGUCUCGCAUUAUUGGUCAUGGCUUUGGGUUGCGUCGGGGCUUCUGUGACAGACGAAGAGGGCAGUUCUGAAGAGAAGUUUCAACAACUGAAGCUGCAAGGAGCAUCUUGGUUUACUGCCGCAAUGAAGAUGCUUCACUUGGCCCAGAUUGAGAUGAAUGUGGAGGCAUGCCAAUGCCUCUUGCUUACUGGUCUCUACUUCUCCUUCCUGCAAAGACCGCUGCAAACGUGGUCUUAUGUGAACAGCGCGGCGACUCGUUGCCGUUUCCUACUCUCCUGCCCUUUCGACAAUCCUGACCGUGAUGAUCGAGAACACAUCACUAGAAUAUUCUGGUCAUGCUUUGUACUAGAAAGCAACUAUAUCUCAGAGUUACCAUCGCUUCCGCAAAACUGCAAUGCUGAAAUUGAAUCAGUAUUUUCUCUUCCGGGCAAAUUCCACUCACAUGAGGCUAUUGAAGAGGAAGAAAAGUCAACCUUCUACUUUCUCGCAUCGAUAGCACUCCGUCGCCUGCUCAACCGAGCUCACUAUAUGCUCUACGAUCGAGAUAUUGGCCUUCAAAUCGACUCCAAUAAUUUCCCAUCCGUGAACCAAGAACUCGCUCGCCAACUGCAGGACUGGUAUCACACACUACCUCCAAGUCUACAAUUCCCCGAGGACGGAAAGCCCGCAGACGACCCGCAUAGCGAGUAUUUGAGACAGUGGUAUCUCAGUUGUCGAAGUGUCAUCUAUCGGCCUUAUCUGGAAUGGGCUCUCGCUAAUCCGCUAUGGGAUCUCAACAACAACCUCCGUGUGCUUGAUGGUUGUCGGGUUGCUCUUGACACUUGCUUAUUCAAAUUAAGAUACAUGAGGCAGGUUCCAUAUACUGUCAUGGUAGAUACAUGGCCCUGCUCGCUUUCACUUGAGACAGCCAUGUUAACUCUUAUGGGUGGCUUCUGCCAUCCACAGCUCACAAUGCAGCUUCGUCACAUUGCCUUGCUAGAGCUAGGGCCUCACCUGCAGCAGCUUUUACAACGAUGGAUGACGAUCCAUGGAUCCUCUGUUUCUCCUGGUGUUGAGAAGGCAUUGAGAUUGAUCGUGAAAGCCCACGAGUUCUUCGAAAGCAAAAGUGCAGACUUUCCUCCUUUACAGGAGAAGGAACAACACCUCUCUCCUCGGUCCCUUCGAAUGUCUCUCGGAUAG